AUGAUAAAAACGCUGGCAGAGUCACUGAAAACCUGUCUCUUUCUCCAAAACCUGAAGUCCUCUGCAGUAGUGAUUCCUGACCUUCAGAGUCACGGCGCACUUCCAGAGGCCACGGAUACCACAGGUGAAAGCAAUCAUGAGGAUCCAGUGGCCGUUCACUCUACGGUGGCCGAUGUUGUUCCAAGUGAAGCUCAUGAACCUGCACCUGCAUCCAGCUUUGUAUCUGUCCUCUGUAGAGAUCAGGAUCAGAGUGAAGUUCAAGGAUGUGACUGUCCAUCCAGCAGUGCCGGCCUCCUCUCCACAGACCUGGCUCAGAGUGCAGCCCAGUGGUUUCAAGAGGCAAAGAGUCUGAGCGAGCAGCUGAGAGGAGCCUACACCAAGGCCACUUUCCGCCACAUCAAUCUGCCAGAGGUGUGUUCCGGCCUCGGCACUGACCACUUGCUUGGUUGUGACCUGUCCAUGGUUUCAAAGCACAUCAGCAGGCCAGUGCAAGAGGCCUUGAUGCUUCCCGAGGUCCUCAGCAAUCUCAACUCCGUCAUGUGUGUGGAGGGGGAAACUGGCAGUGGGAAGACAACCUUCCUGAAGAAAACAGCUUUUCUCUGGGCAUCAGGAUGCUGUCCCCUGCUGAACAGGUUCCAGCUGGUCUUCUACAUCUCCCUUGGUUCCACCAGACCAGACCAGGGGCUGGCUGACAUCAUCUGUGCCCAACUCCUAGAGGCAGGAGGAUGCAUUAGUGAAGUGUGCCUGAGCAUCAUCAUCCAGCAGUUAAAGCACCAGGUGUUGUCAGAUGUGUAA